AUGGAGUCCCCUCCUCCCCCCGAGCUCAAAAUCUCCCCGCCGCUCCUAAAUUCAGCAAAUCCGUGGUGCACAACCCUCGAGGACCUCCACCGCCUCCACGCCUGCCCCCACACGGGCGCCCUCACAACAAGAACCUCCCUCCUCACCGGCUUCGCCCACAACGACGCCGCACACCAGUACGCCUUCUUCGACCCCUCCACCACGAAACCGUCCUCCGCGCCAAACUCCUCCACUCCCCAAGCACCCCCCAACAUCGGCCCCGAGAACGUCGCAUCCCUCAAUAACUUGGGCUACUCACCCCUCCCCCUCUCGACCUACCUCGACUUUAUCGCGCAGCUUCCCGAAGACAAGAAAAUCGAAGGCCACCACCACUGCAAACAAAUCAUCAUCUCCGUCACCGGCUCCCCCUCCGAGAUCGCAGAAUGCUACCGCCUCAUCACCGCCUUUGCCUCGGGGACAAAACACCCGCUCGCAAUGGAAAUCAACCUCUCCUGCCCCAACAUCGCCACAGCCGCGCCCCCCGCCUCGGACCGCACCCAGCUCCGCGCCUACCUAGCAGCUUUGCCCCGGGACCCGAUCAUCCCCGUCGGCCUCAAGACGCCUCCGUACACCCACCCAGCGCACUACGCCGAGCUCAUCGCUGCCCUGCGUGAGGACUCCACUGUCGUCACGGCCAAGGCCAUGCUGAAGGUGCCCUGCAAAAUCAGCUUCAUCACUGCCGUCAACACGCUCGGUUCCUGUCUUUUGCUCGAUGGCGGCGAGGAAGACGGCGUUUCGAAUCCGCGACUUCCGGGGUCUGGACUCGGGGGGAUGGCGGGAGCACCGUUGCAUCCGUUGGCUCUGGGGAAUGUAAAGACUAUUGCGGACUUGGUCUCCCGUGAGCCAGAAUUAUUACACAUCAAGGUCAUUGGUGUCGGUGGCGUCUCGGACGCGGAUGGGUUUAGGCGGAUGAAGAGUGUUGGUGCUUACGCGGUUGGGGUCGGGACAGCUUUGGGAAGAGAAGGGAUACAAGUUUUCGAGAAGAUUGCUUCUGGUAUACACAAACAUUGA